ACAGUCGUGUGUGCUCGACUGUGAAAUACGUUACGUGCUAAGCCAAUUUAUUUCACUGCUUAAAUGAAAUGCUGAAAGUAGCCUUAACGACAUCAUUAAGAACUACUGAACAAUCGAAUUGUGGAUUGGAUGAUUGGAAUAAUCAUUCGAAAAAAUAAAGAGCGACAAGCAAUUAAAAGCAUAAGCUGCUCCCCACUUUAUACACGUGUUUAUUGUCAAUUUGUUUACACAUAAAUGCCAAAUAAAAUGCAAAAAAUAUAAUUCAAUUCAUGACACGCGCUGAAAACAAAGACAAUGAAUUCUUAAACAUUUUGAUUGCCAGCAAAUAAACGCUAUUCAUACACAACAACAUCUACAAAUGCUCACGUCACAUAACAUUUCUAUUAAGAUUUAAAAUACAAAUACUGAUAAGUGCUAUAGAAAGGGAAAAGAAAAAAAGAGAUUCAUUAUAUAGGUCAGCAACUAAAAAUGGAGCGUUUCGUUACAAUGCAACUCUCUGAGAAUCAUAAGCAAUAACUUACGCCCAUCGGAAAGCGUGCUCUGUUUAUAAACUAGCUUAAUUAAUGCAAUUGAAACUAACAUGUGCACAUAUUCGCGACCCAGCAAUCAACUCAAAGCAACUCGCUCUCCGAUCAUACAUACAAGUAUAAAAAACAUCAAGCGAACUCAACAGAUGCUCAGACACACGUAAGUUUUUCGCCCAGUUGGUUGUCGAUUAUCAUAAACAGCAUCAGCAUCAGCAUCAGCAACAUGGAUCGUUGGCAGAAUCGCGUUGCCGUCGUCACCGGGGCCAGUUCGGGAAUUGGCUCGGCGAUCGUCGUGGACCUGGUCAACGCUGGCCUUAUUGUGGUAGGACUGGCGCGACGCGUGGAACGUGUGAAGGAACUGCAAAAGUUAGUCCCAGCUGGACGCAGAGACAAAUUGAUUCCAAUCCAAUGCGAUGUGGGCAAUGAGGCCUCAGUUAAGGCGGCAUUCGAUGCGAUCGAGCAGCAGCUGGGCGGAAUUGAUAUACUGAUCAACAAUGCUGGCACUCUGCAGGAUGGCCGACUGGUGGAUAUGCCCAUCUCACAGGUCCAGCAAACUGUGCAGACCAACAUCAUGGGCAUUGUGAUGUGCACUCAGCGAGCCUUUGCCUCGAUGAAGAAGCGCAACUUCGAUGGUCACGUGGUGCUCAUCAACAGCAUUCUAGGCCACAAGUUGUUUGGACCCACGCCUGAUGUUGCACCUCAGAUUAAUAUGUAUCCUCCGAGCAAACAUGCGGUGACCGCCAUGACCGAGAUAUAUCGCCAGGAGUUCAUGGGUCUGGGCACUCGCAUCAAGAUCACGAGUAUUAGUCCUGGCAUUGUGGAUACGGAGAUAUUGCCCGAUGGUGUGCGCGAAGCAGUUCAACAGACGAUGCUGAAAGCCGAGGACGUUGCUCAGGCGGUGCACUUUGCAUUGGCCACGCCCCCACAUAUGCAAGUCCACGAGAUGAUCAUCAAGCCAGUGGGCGAACUAUUUUAAUUUAAUAUAUUUGUAUAUUUCAUUUCACUUAAAAAUGCACGCAUUGCUAUUGUUUUUUUUUUUGUAUCACC